UCCAAAUGUUUUCCCAGCAAUGUCAGAGCGCAACUCAAGCAGUUACCAUGCGUCUCCAUUAACUCUUUAAUGGACGGCUGUUGCCCCAUUAUGUCCCUUCUCAUCUGCCCCGCAAACUAAAGACUCCAAAGUGGCUAAAAAACGGGGCUGCCGUGUCCGUUACCAUGUGAGAGUAGGUGUGCGCAGCAGACGGCGGGGAGGAUGAUGCGUCAGGAGCAACAGCAACACGAGCUACAACCCCGAUGUCACCUCAGUGUCAGCCGCCGCCAGGUGGGCUCGAGAUGCAGCCGUUACCGCAGAGCCUCCACCAAGGCUUCGGUACCGAAUGGUGCAAGACGCACCUAGGUAGGUUCCCGGUUAUGGAUAAGCGCAGCGCACGUGUUUACUGCUCGCAGCAUUCAAACAAAAACGAGCCCCCCUCCUCCGUCACAUCCUCCUCCUCUUCCCACGUCACUCAGGAACCGAACCGGCAGCUCAGGUCCAGACCGCCGCCUGCAACCGGACACAUGCCCGGUUUUAGCAGCCUGACAACUGAGUCACCGAGUCAUCAUCUUCACGGUCAUCACGGAUGCUUCUUCCAGGGUGCGUCUGGUGCGAGCUCGGUUUCGGGACUGGAAUCUGCUCAGCGUCACAGUAACAGCGGCACACCGGAUACGUUUAAAAUCCACCAGAGCAGCUUUGCACUCCAUCAUAACCGGAUCUGUGGUGACGGUGGUGAUAGCCAAAGAGGAACUCUCUCAUUGCUACCGCACCCCGUGCACAACUUCCCUCCGGUGGAGACCUCGCGCCAUCUGCAGACCUCAUAUCCUCCGAGCUUCCUCCUGGAUGAGAGCGACCCGUUACCGUUGGAUUCUGAGGAUGACGGCAGCCGGCUGAUCACUGACGUAGAAGAGGAGGUAGGAGGAAGAGGAGCGAUGCUGAUGCCCCGUGACAGAGGUCAAGAUGACUUAAUGGAAAGGACUGACGAAAGAUGUAAUUCGGUUCCGGUCCAAAACAGCCGCAGGGUCAGCUGCAGCAGCGGCGAGGAGGAGGAAGGCCUGAUAGGGGAAGAGCGGACGGUACCGGGACCACAAACACAAGAUGAGCUCGGUCAGAGGCGCCCGGUCCCGGCGGCGGAUUGCCCGGCAGUCGGCGCCUGGCUGUCGGCCAGAGCCGACAGAAAGAAGCGCUGUCCUUACACCAAGCAGCAGACCCUGGAGCUGGAGAAAGAGUUCCUGUUCAACAUGUACCUAACCAGACAGCGCCGCCUGGAGAUCAGCAGGAGCCUUGACCUGACUGACCGCCAGGUAAAGAUUUGGUUCCAGAACCGGAGGAUGAAGAUGAAGAAGGAGCUGCACAACCGGAGCUGCGGGGCCGCGCGGCAUCACCUCAGCACCUGAUGGACUGAUGCAGGAGAGGAGCUAGACACCUUCCAGCUCGGAUUAUAUAAAGCUGGGAAACACAAGGGGAUGAGGAAGAGGAGGUGUGAACCUUUUUUUUAAACUGAGCAUACAAGGUCUGCUACAGUUCUACAAACCUUUCAAACUUUGGACGCAUACAUAUAUACCACCUAAUUAACUUCCAGAUGAUAAGGUGCUCAUGUUGUUUGUUGUGUGCUGGACUUUUUGGCGGAUCUUUUUCUUUCCACGUUGAACCAGAAAAAAAGAAAGCAUCUAAAUUGGGCGCGUGCAUUGGCCUGAGAUGUGGCGGCCACUGGAGGAUUCAAGGCUGAGCACAUGACCCGCACACAAACUGGCGAAGCUUUCCGUUUUAAAGUCCUCCGACACCUCAAAGGAAGAGGAGAGGCUUCAGAGGGAAGUAGGCUGGAUAUAUUGGGGGGGGGGGGGGGGGGGACAUUGUCUAGU